CUCGGGGGCCGGCUGUGUAGCGCGCCUGGUGGUUAUGGCUCGCGGGGCUGCCAGGGGGGCCCGGCGCAGAGUCCGGGGCGCGCCGCCGGUCAUGGCGCGGGGCCGCUCGGCAGAGGACUGGUGGUGGGAUCGGCUGGCUCCGAGCGGCUCCGGGUACCACCUGCUGCAGGCGGACAGCAUGCUGCUGGUGCUGCCCGGCCCGGGGCCCGCCCGCGCCCGCACGCACAGGCGCGCUGCCCGCCGAGCUCAGCGGCUGCGGCCCCCGGGGACCUGCGCCGUGGCAGCCAAAGCCAAGCCCAGACCCGCGCCCGCCCCUGAGGCGCCGCAGGGGCCCGACGCGGGCUGGGGCGACCGCAUUCCCUUGGAAAUCCUGCUGCAGAUUUUCGGGCUGCUGGUGGCGACCGAUGGGCCCAUGCCCUUCCUCGGCAGGGCUGCACGCGUGUGCCGCCGCUGGCACGAGGCCGCCUCCCAGCCCGCGCUCUGGCACACCGUGACCCUGUCUCCUCCGCUGGCUGGCCGCCCCGCCCUUGGCGAGGCCAAGGCCGAGAAGAAGCUCCUUGCAUCCCUGGAGUGGCUUAUGCCCACUCGGGUGGGGAGGACGCCGACAGAAGGGGCAGUGUGGGAACACUUUGCAGCUCUGCUUCUGCUGUCGGCCCAGGUUCUCACAGCUCCAGAGGCUGACCCUCAUCCACUGGAAGUCCCAGGUACACCCCGUGUUGAAGGUGAGAGCUCGAGGCUGCCCUGCCUACCAGCCGUGACACUCUCGGGUUGCCCAGGACUUCCAGGGAGUGGGUCAGGCACCCUGGAGCCCACCGCUGCCCCAUGGGGAUGCCUGCCUGGUUCUCCUUUCCUGUUGUCUCCUCCAGCAGGGAGGUGUCAGAGAUGGGAGCACCUAAGUGGGCCUGGCAUGGGCAGAAAGGAGGUCAUAGCUGAGGCAGUAAAAUGGGGUUGGCACGAGCCAUUGGUUUCUUUCCUUUAUGGACCACAGCCUGCCCUCCCCCAAUUCUGGCUGACUCUCUGUCUUCCACAGCUGGUUAGCGAGUCCUGUCCUCGGCUCACCUUCCUCAAGCUUUCUGAUUGCCAUGGUGUGACCCCUGACACUCUGAUCAUGCUAGCCAAAUCCUGCCCCCAGCUCCACAGCCUGGACAUACAGCACUCCAUGGUGGAGUCCACGGCUGUGGUAAGCUUCUUGGAGGAGGCAGGCCCCCGAAUGCAAAAGCUGUGGCUGACUUACAGCUCCCAGACAACAGCCAUCUUGGGUGCGCUGCUGGGCAGCUGCUGCCCCCAGCUCCAGGUCCUGGAGGUGAGCACCGGCAUCAACCGCAACAGCACUCCGCUCCAGCUGCCUGUUGAGGCCCUGCAGCAAGGCUGCCCUCAGCUGCAGGUGCUGCGGCUGCUAAACCUGAUGUGGCUGCCUAAGCCUUCCGGGCGAGUGGUGACUCCUGGCCCAGGCUUCCCGGGCCUCGAGGAGCUCUGCCUCGCCAGCUCCACCUGCAACUUUGUGAGCAAUGAGGUCCUGGGCCGCUUGCUCCAUGGCUCCCCUAACCUGCGCCUGUUGGAUCUUCGUGGCUGUGCUCGCAUCACGCCUGCUGGCCUGCGUGAUCUGCCAUGUCAGGAGCUGGAGCAGCUUCACCUGGGCUUGUACGGCAUGUCGGACCGGCUGACUCUAGUUAAGGAGGGCAGCGCCCUAUUGACCCAGAAGUGGUGCCACACGCUGAGGGAACUGGACUUGAGUGGCCAGGGUUUCAGCGAGAAGGACCUGGAUCACGCCCUAGCUGCCUUUUCAGGCAUCCCUGGGGGCUCACGCCCAGCCCUGUGCUCCCUCAACCUCAGGGGCACCCGGGUCACACCAAGCACUGUCAGCUCUGUGAUCAGCAGCUGUCCAGGCCUGCUGUACCUCAACCUGGAGUCCUGCCGCUGCCUUCCCCGGGGCUUGAAGCGGGCCUAUCGGGGCCCAGAGGAAGUGCAGUGGUGCCUGGAGCAGCUGCUCACCAGCCUCCCGUCCCUCAGCUAGGCAGCUCCAGACCCCAGACCCCUGGGCCAGCGAGCCCUGCCCUGCUCCCUUUCCCAGUUUUGGAUCUUUGAGCAUUUUGUUAUAAUAAAACAUUUUCAGGAA